UAGGAUUUCGUUUCUCCGUCUCAGGCCCGCACGCCAGUACAGUAGGUGGCGGUAAUACACCAAAACGUUUGAUGCCAACCGCCGAUAAACCCAACCAAAGAAGAAGGAGAGCGUGCUGGUUAAAGUGAAGACUGUCGACAGGCUGGCAUGUUUGGAUUGUUUUCUGCUUAUGCGGAACAGAAGGAACGUGCGGUUGCGUCGUGUGCGUCUCCUUGGAACAGGGCACCCCUCAAGGGGGUUAUAUCUGGUGUCUCGUCGGAAGUCGAUUGUGAAGAGAUUAAAAAUAUUUCUGGAGCGAUUGAUGCACGUCGAAUGAAUCGUGUGGUGAAUGGUGAAAACGUGAAGAGUAUCUGUUCAGUUGUUUUUUGAUAUGGAGUCUUUCUACUCAAGUGCAGUUGGGAUAUAUAAACUACAGUCAGAGCAUUUAUCCCAAGACCAAUGCAGUGUGAUCAUUGUAAAGUUGUUGGUCAUGUUUCAAGUGUUUGUAGAAAGGAGAUGUCCAAGUUGUGGAAAAUAUCAUGUAAUGUGUUUUAAAAGUGGGGAAAAUGUGACAUUUUGCAAUUGUGGUGGGAACCAUGAAGCUACGUGUUUUGAUUCCCCAACAUGGAUGAAAGAGAAUGAGGUGGACAAAGUCAGGGCUAUCCAGAGCAUAUCAUAUGCAGCAACUGUUAAAAGGGUUGAGAGUUUGAAUGGUGCACUUGAAGAGGCAAUGGUGGUGGAUAGGCCUUUACUGCAGGCUGCAGGGGUUGCUUUUCACCAGCAGGAUCCUGACAUUUUCAAGGUUAGGAAGGUGGACUUGGUGGCCUUUUAUAGCUAUGGUGAUAAAUGGCACUGCCAAUGUGGAGAGAAGGUCCAGGAAGAUAGAAAUCAUUGUGGAAUCGGUGGAGCGGUUCCUGGGCUGAAAGAUUUUUCGCGACGGAGUUACAUGGAAUAUUGUCACAAGCCGUAUCACCCUCUUGAGAAGAGAGUUUUAUUUUGUCGGAUUAUUUUAGUGUCCCUAUCGCGUAUGGAUUUUCUUUUUUACCUUGUUUUGGUUUCAACCCGUCCAGAUGGUGGCGGCAAUACACCUUUUUGGGUCCGCCAUAAAACCCACAGAAGAAACAUCGUUUGUGCUGCUGGCAGACUACUAGUGAAGAAGAGAACGUUUGUUUACAGAAGUAGCUCGCUCGGGAAAUCAUGACGGUCUCCCGAGGUGGUGAAUUGAAGCCAUAGGAUAACCGACACGAUGGGGGCCGAGCAAAGUGGUGAUUCUGAGCACAAGCACUCUGACUACAGCACCUCGGUGGUGCCCUCACCAGCAAAGCAGAAGGCUAAAAUGGAUGACAUUGUGGUGGUGGCCCAGGGGACACAGUCAUUGCGCAACAUCCACAAUGACCCUGAUGUCAUUAAGCUUUGUGAAAUCCCAACUUUUCAGCCAUUGUUGAAAGGUGUGCUGAGUGGCCAGACAUCCCCCAGCAGUGUGUGUCUGGAGCAGCUGGACUAUGCCCAGGUGCUGCAGCUGUGCAUCCGCUACCAGGACCACCUACACCAGUGUUCUGAGGCCGUGGCCUUCGACCAGAACACCCUGGUCAAGGGGAUCAAAGAGAUGGACAUAUCGGUGGAGACUUUGUUCAGCAUCAUGCAGGACCGUCAGAAGCACUACGCCAAGUACGCUGAGCAGAUCCAGAAGGUGAACGAGAUGUCCAUGAUCUUGCGGCGUAUCCAGAUGGGCAUCGACCAGACCAUCCCUCUGAUGGAGAGGCUCAACAACCUGCUGCCGGAGAGCGAACGCCUGGAGCCCUUCAGCAUGAGGCCGGAGGGGGACGCUGCAGCCAAGUAAUAGUAGUAGUAGCAGCAGCAGCAGCAUUGCCGGGGUACGCUGAUACACUCACUGUCAUGGACCUCUAGUCUUACCUCCCAUGCCCCUGUCAAUCACCACUCCAGAGAGACUUCUGAAAGCUCUUUAUUGAACCAUUUAGAGAAAGAGAGAGCGAGAGGGAGGGAGUGAGCAAAAUAAAGAAUGCUGCCCCACCAGCUCCCCAAGCCAUCCUGAACCCUUCACGUCCACAACUCGCCAUCCCACCAGGCCUGGACAUUUAGCUCAGCCCCUCACCAUAAGCCAUAAACACUUCCCACCCCAUCCAGCAGAAGCAGUGGGGUACAGGGACAGCUGCACCCCACACUGGGGUUUACAUGUCAGUGAGUGUUAACCAUCUUCAGUCACUGAAUUGGAAGACUGCAAAACAGAAGUUUACAUGAUGAUGCACUGAAGGGGACCUUCUUGGACUACUGGUACUUUGAAGACACCACACGAAGUGUGGCGACAAAAUGACUUUCAAAAAUGACUUCAUCUCUAGAUGAAAUAUUGGUCAAAGAUGAGCUCAGAAGACUCCCAUAAAAGGAACUAACUUAGGAACUAGCUCUUGCAACAGACCUAUAGAUUCUGUGUUGCACUGUGCAGCAUGUGAGAAACCUAGUAGUUUCAAAUUUGGCAUAUUGUGCAAAUUAGGCCUACACAUAGCUACAGCUUUGUGGAAGAUAAUCUACGGAUAUCACUUCAAACCAUCGAUAGUAAUCUGCUUGAAUUUUGUUAAAGGUAUGAGUGUUAGAUGCUUGAAUAUUUUCAAAUGGUUUACAUAACAAAGAUGUGUAUUUAGGAAAGGAAUUUGAAUCAUUUGAAUUUCUUGCAAAAUGUAUAAAAGGUGUUUAUACUGUUCUGUUUAGAUACUUACCCUCUCAAAUGGAUGUGAUGUUUGGUUAUAGGAUAUUGACAUUUGGUGUUAUCACAUAGAGUCAGGUCCAAAUUUAUUGGCACCCUUGAUAAAUUGCUCGGAGAAAGAGAUUUUGUCAGUACUCUAGCACCCUCCCCUUGCGAGGAUAACGGCACUGAGCCUUUUUGUCCAUUUUUUUUACGAGAUUGAAGAACACAUUGGGAGAGAUCUUAAACCUUUCUCUCCAUAAAGAAUCGUUCCGGAUCCUUGAUAUGCUUCAUCUGCUCUUAUGGACUUCCCUCUUCAAUUCAAACAACAGAUUUUCAAUAGGGUUCAAGUCCGGAGAUGAGUUUUGUUUUCAAUAAAAAAAAUAUAUAUAAAAAAUGGUG